AUGUUGGCGACCUUCAACAAACCAUCGCUAUCGCCGCUGUUGAAGCAAAGCGCAUCGAUUCGAAGCUUUUUCUGCAAGGCAAAUCGCGCCGCUCUGUACGGAGGAAUGUGGACGCGUGUGUGCUGGUCGGUAUUGAGCUGUUCGAUGGGAAUAGCGUUUGGUUCGGCGCUUCUCACGAAGGAUUAUCGAAACAAGUCGAAGUAUUAG